UUUGAUUUCUUUAUAUGUUAAAAACAAAAUUUUAAUCUGAGUGGAUCUUUACAGUAUUUCUUGUACUUUCUCAGUUAAAAAUGACAGCUUUUCUGUUAGUUUUCAAUGUUAGAAUUGAGAAUUUUAUGAAUGAAAGUUUCACUUUUUUUUAAAUCUACAAAAUGCAGUUUUUUAAAACGGAAAUGUAUCAAGUAAAUCGAUGUUUAGUUGAAUCAGAGUUUAAUAUAUUCUUAAAUAUGUCCAAAGGAAGCCCCCCCCCACUCUUAGAAACUUCCUCCUUCAUUCACCACCCCCCUGACUCUCUCCUGGGACCCUCACUAGAGUCUGAAGGGUCUCCAGUGCCAAAGCGCAGGAAAUCACAGCUGCAGUCUUCCCCCUUUCAGCAUGUUUGGGACUGAGUGUGUGUGUUAGUGUCUAUGGAAGUGUGUGUGUGUGGAUUUAGGUCAGGGUGUGUGCUCUCGUCUCUGUAUGUUUGUGUCUCCGUCUCUCUACCAUCCACUUUAUCUGGCGGGAUGACGCUACUUUCUAUUCCCACUUCUUUAGUGCAGGAGUUUCCAGUGCAGUUAAAGUCUGGCUUAUACAGCCUUAUAAACACUCUGUAGGCUUGAACUGUGUGUCAUUGUGGUUAAUACUACAGCACUGACUCCACAUAACUGCUGUGGUGGAGCCGCACAUAUUCUGAGUGCACUUACACUUCUUUUUUUCAUUGCUUAUUGUUUUUUUUAUUAUUUUUCCCAUUUCUUGUUGAUCUAUGUUAUUCUGUUUUUUAACUUAAUAUGAACACAUGAAUAUAAUGGUAUAUUUUUGUGGAUAGAGACAAUUAAACAUGAUAUAAAAUGGACAAAAAUAACUUUUUUAUUUGCUCUUGAAGAGUUUAGAGUUCAACUCUGAUAGAAAUAGUGUUUUAAGUGUUUUUAACAUGUUUAUUGUGUCAUUUUUCUGAUAAUGGAGGACAUAUAUUAUGAAGAGGACACUUAAAAUAGAAUUUCCUGAAUUUUUUAUUCAAAUUGAUGUGAACAGAAGUAGAAAAAAAAGUACCAUCUGAAAAAAAAUCCUGUUUGUGACGUAAACUUUUUUUUAAGCUAGCCCUGCUCCACUCCAUUCAGAUACGUAAAGCGAUGUGUGAUGGGAACAGGGGCGGGGUUGCUCCACACCACAACUCAGAGACAAAUUUCUGCUGUACUACUGCUGCUUUACAGAAACUAUAUCCUAGAAAACAAAAUUAUUAUUUUUUAUUUUAGCAAAAAAAAAAAAACUGCAUCAUGAUAAGACCACUGAACACUUUAAAAACAGAUCAAAAGAUUAACGGAGUGGGACAGCUGGACCCAAAACAAUCCACUGCUUUAUCUAAAAUAUUUUCAUUUAACUGUAAAUAAUAUGUUAUCAACUAAAAAAUAUCUUUAAAAUUUAUUGCAGUGUUCUGAAAGGAGAAGAUUCACCCACUAACAUUUUAUCUAGAUAAAAUAUUUUUGUCCCUCCUUAUCUUAAACCUCUUAGAGUCCACGUUCGCAGCCGUUAUUCUUUGUCGUUUCCAGCCUCCACCCGGCAUCUUUCUGCCACACGAGCUCCAUGUUCAGGCAGCUCUCUGCUCCGAGUCUGAAGCUUUAAUAGGCGCAGUGCGGCUCUGUAGCACCGGCUGCCUUUGUUUUGGUUACAGAUAAAAUCACUGAAGGAAAACACAACAGUGGAGCGAGGGAGAGAGAGAGCUUGAGAAGAUGUAGGAAUCCUCGUGGAUGUGGAAAAAACAAGAAAAUCACACGGUCAAUUUGCUGGUUUUAUUUUACAUGUCCUGAACAAGGAAGAUAAAGGAACUAAUAAGUGAUUAACUAGAUUUAAGUUAAAUAAUAUCUCAUAUUUAUUUUCUUGAAUGGAUAGUUAUUGUUUAGAGUAUAAUAAAGUUUGACUUUAUUUUAAUCCAACUUAGCUUGAUCUCUAGCGUCAUGUGGAGAUGAGCUUUCCUGGGGAAGACUGGACCGACUUGGAUGAGAGAGAUGGUCAAUGAGAGGAGAAGUAGGUGGGGGGGGCUGGGGAGAGGGUUAUAGGCAGCAAAAGAUAGGGAUGGGGGAGUGAGAAGAAAGAGGAGGGAAAAAAAUGACUUCACGCCACGACUGGACUGCCCCCUUUUUUCCCUCAACCUCUCUCUGUCUCUCAACUUUUUUCCUCCCUCCUCCUCCUCCUCCUCCUCCUCCUCUGGAUGUGUUUUUUAAUGAUUUGGGGAGAAGAAGGGAAGAAGCAUUUGGAGCUUGGCUGUCGGCAAAGGCAGGAGUGCAGCAGCCUUGUGGGCUUCACAUUGGGACUAAAGAGGACUGGAAAGGCUUUGUGGAUGUGAUACUCAGACUGAAUGACAGGGGAGAUACCGAGCUUUGCAUGACAGACUCCUCAAAAGCGUACUAUAGCAGUCUGGAGUGAACUGGAAAACUGUAUUUUUGUUGUUAAAUCCGGCAGGGAAGCAACUUUUUUAAGUUAAUUAAUUAUUCAAAGAUUUUUCCAUUGAUCAGAACUGCUUUGAAUGGAUUCUUUACCCUCAAUUAGCAAUGCUUUUGAGGAACUCUGCACUGAGUUACUAUGAGGACACUGAUUGAAGCUUAGAAAACUUUAUUUUUUCUAUAAUUCUUAGAAGUAAAGUACUUUUAGCUCUAAGUAUUGAAUUUCUUCAGCAGUGGUGCUUUUUGUAGACUGUCACUAUGUUUUCUUGGCACUGUUUAAUAGCAUCAUGGGCUAAUUUUCUUCUAAUCCUGUGCAUUGUGGCUGCAUGGACCUCAGCUUUGCCAGCUGGCCAGCAGUCCCAGCUGAAGCCUCAGAGGUCCAGGCAGAUGUCACCUUUGUCAUCAGCUGGCAACUUGUCAGAAAGCGCAGAGAGCAAAGUGGAACGCCUGGGCCUGGCGUUCAAGCGGAACGUCCGCGUGCUGCGCGAGAAAAGCCUCUGUCUGGACCUGGUCUUCCUGGUGGACGAGUCGUCCAGCGUGGGCGCCAACAACUUCCAGAGCGAGCUGAGGUUUAUCCGCAAGAUGCUGUCUGACUUCCCCGUCGCACCGGAGAACACGCGAGUGGCACUGGUGACCUUCUCAUCCAAGACCAAUGUGGUGACGAGGGUGGACCACAUCUCAGCGCCCAAGCCGCGCCAGCACAAGUGCUCCCUGUUCAACCAGGAGAUCCCGGCCAUUAACUACAGAGGAGGAGGAACUUUCACCAGAGGAGCGUUUCAGAGGGCAGCUCAAAUUCUUCGUCACUCCCGUCGGAAUGCCACCAAGGCGAUAUUCCUCAUAACCGACGGUUACUCUAACGGAGGAGACCCACGGCCGGUGGCGGCGGCUCUGAGAGAGCGAGGUGUGGAGAUCUUCACUUUGGGGAUCUGGCAGGGCAACAUUAAAGAGCUUCACGACAUGGCGUCACAACCCAAGGACCAGCAUUGCUACCUGGUGCACAACUUUGCUGAGUUUGAAGCCCUGGCUCGUCACGCUCUGCACGAAGAUCUGCCUACAGGUAGCUACAUCCAGGAUGAAAAGUCACGCUGCUCCUCUCUUUGUGAGGCGGGUAAGGACUGCUGCGAUGUGAUGGCGAGCUGUAAGUGCGGCAUGCACACCGGACAGUAUGACUGCGUCUGUGAGAAGGGAUACUACGGCAAAGGACUGCAGCACGAAUGUACAGCAUGUCCACAGGGCACCUACAAACCAGAGGGAAAGCCUGGAGGUCUGAGCACGUGUCUGCCAUGUCCUGACGCGCAUCACACGUCUCAGCCGGGCAGCACGUCUGUCCAGGACUGCGUCUGUAAGCCGGGCUAUCAGCCAGUGGGCAUGACCUGCCAGGUGGUUUACUGUCCAGCAUUACUGCCGCCAGAAAACGGGUUUUUUGUUCAAAACGUGUGUAAUAACCAUUUUGACGCUGCCUGCGGCGUUCGAUGCCAGCCGGGUUUUGAGCUUCAUGGAACCGGCAUAAGACUGUGUCAGGCGGAUGGCACCUGGUCAGGGACGCCUGCCAGCUGCAGAGUGCGCUCCUGCCCGCCUCUGUCUCGGCCGCAGCACGGCUUCCUGAAGUGCAGCGAUGGAGGCACUGCUUACAGGGCCGAGUGCCAGGUGGGCUGUGUGCGAGGCUACAGAUUAGAGGGAAACUCCACCCUCACCUGUCAGGCCAACUCUGAGUGGAGUGAGCCCCAACCUCGGUGUGUGGAGGUGCGUUGUUCUCCCAUCGUGAACCAAAAGAACUUCUUGCUGUCGCCCCCUGCCUGCGGGAAAAAGGCAGUGUUGGCAGGCUUUACUUGCAUUCUGUCGUGUCGGAAAGGUUACGCUCUCCACGGAAACAGAAAGGCGGUUUGCCAGAGCUCUGGAAACUGGACUGCUAACGUCCAUAAAGCUGUGUGUGCAGAUACGGAGCCACCAUGGCUCCAGUGUCCUGCAGAUAUUGUUGCAGAAACCGAUGAGCGGCGAGGUACUUCGAACGUCAACUGGAACAUCCCCGUUGCUACGGACAACUCAAAAGAAGAGGUGGCGGUUCAGGUGAAGCCGGUCUACAAUCCUCCUCAGUUAAUCCCCAUCGGAAAAGAAAUCAUCACCUACAUCGCAACAGAUCGAUCCGGAAACCAGGCUAACUGCUCUUUUACUGUCACUGUCAUUGAUACGGCGCCUCCAGUCAUUGACAGGUGCAGAUCACCGCCGCCAGUCCAGGCCACAAACACGGAGACAGCCGUCGUUUGGGAAGUACCACAGUUUUCCGACAACUCAGGAGGUCGCCUCACAGUGACCAGCACCCACACUCCAGGAUCACUAUUCCCAGUGGGAGAGACUCUGGUCCAGUACACUGCGACAGAUGCUGCAGGGAACAGCCGCACAUGCAACCUCACAGUCACAGUGCAAGGUACAACUUGUGACCAGCCGUAUGUCCCUGUGAAUGGGGAAUUCAUCUGCUCCGAGGAAGAGGAAGGAGUUAACUGCACCCUUCACUGUAAAGAGGGUUAUAGUUUUACCCAGAAUGCCGUGCACAGCUACUUCUGCCGCUUCAAUGGUGUGUGGGAGCCACCCUACUCUCCUGACAGACCUGACUGCUCAGUUAAUCGUGUUGCUAAUAAUGGAUUUAAGCCCUUUGAGAUGCUGUUUAAAGCGUCUCGAUGUGAUGAUGCCGACAUGCUCAAAUCAUUCGCUGGAGAUUUCAACGCCAAACUGGGAGGCAUGCUCCCAAACUUUUGUAGCAGUGAUGACGUCACCUGUAAGCUGGAGGUGAUGUCUCAGGGUCACUGUCUGGAGUACAACUAUGACUACGACAACGGAUUCUCCAUCGCUCCAGGCGGGUGGAGCAACAACUGGGAUUCUCAGGGGGCUCAGGACUACGCCUACUUUGAGUCAGGCUAUGCCACGGGCUCCCGGCAGCUUCCCAAUCGUCAGCAAGGAAGCAGCGUGCCAGCUCGCCAUCGCACCAAGAGGCGAGCUAAGAGGCACCGAAAAAUCAAAGGCCCCACCAGAGACCAGAAGAUCCAGAUCUAUUUUAACAUCACAGCAAGCAUCCCUCUGCCCAUGUCGAGGAACGACUCCAUAGAAGUGCUCAACCAGAAGAGACUUCUGAGGACUCUAGAGCAGCUCACUAAUCGUCUGAAAAGAACACUGGCCAAACAGCCGCUGUCCAGUUUCCACGUGUCCUCAGAGAUGAUCGUCGCCGAUCCGCGAUCUUUGGAGAGCAGGAAGGCCUCUCUGUACUGCAGGCCGGGCUCGGUGCUCAAAGGCAGAAUGUGUGUGCUGUGUCCAGUGGGAACAUAUUAUUCUCUGGAACAUAACGAAUGUGAGAGCUGUUGGCUGGGUUCCUACCAAGACCAGGAGGGUCAGCUGGAGUGUAAGUCCUGCCCAGAGGGAACCUCCACUGCCUACUUGCACUCCCGCAGCAUCACUGAGUGUAAAGGACAGUGUAAACCUGGUAGUCACUCUCUCAACGGGCUGGAGAUUUGUGAGUCGUGCCCGCUGGGUCACUUCCAGCCUUCUUUUGGCGCCAGAGAGUGUCUGGUCUGCCCCGACGAGACCUCCACAGUCACCAGAGGAGCCGUGGACGAGACGGAGUGUGGAGUUCCUUGCACAGCAGGUCACUUUUCACGCACCGGUUUGGUCCCUUGUUACCCGUGUCCCAGAGAUUACUACCAACCCGAUCAUGGCCGAUCCUACUGCCUCGCAUGUCCCUUUUAUGGAACCACCACUGUGACCGGGGCAACCACUAUACAGCACUGCUCAAGUUUUGGCUCCAGCUUUCUUCCAAAGGAGGAAAGUGUUACAUCUGCUCCAGAGGUGGAGGUCAGUGAGGACUACCAAGCCAGCAGUCAGGUUUUCCACGAGUGUUUCCUGAAUCCGUGUCAGAAUAAAGGCACCUGUGAAGAGGUCGGAGCAGGAUACGUCUGCACCUGCAUGCCCGGGUUCACAGGUGCAAAGUGUGAGAUUGACAUAAAUGAGUGUGACUCUGCUCCGUGUCAGAACGGAGGUUUGUGCAAAGACGACAUCGGAGACUUCCGAUGUGAGUGCAAACCUGGAUUCUUAGGUUCUUUAUGUGAAGCUGAGGUCAACGAAUGCCUCUCCUCCCCAUGUUUGAAUGAAGGCGUGUGCGUGGACGAAGUCAACAAAUUCACCUGCAGUUGUUCCGACGGCUUUACAGGGCCUCGGUGUGAACUGGAAAUCAACGAGUGUCUGUCCAACCCGUGCUUGAACGGAGGAAUGUGCGACGACUUGACCGGUGGCUUCAGCUGCAGCUGCUCCAUUGGGUUUUCCGGGGAACGCUGUGAGAUCAACAUUAAUGAAUGUUACAGCUCUCCCUGUCUGAAUGGAGGCUCCUGUCUGGAUGCGGUUAACAGUUUCAGAUGUCAGUGCGUGGAGGGCUACAGAGGCUGGCUGUGUGAGGUGAACGUAGACGAGUGUGAUCCAAAUCCCUGCGUGAACGGCGCCAGCUGCUUGGAUGGUCUGGGGUCCUACACCUGUCGCUGCCUUCCUGGGUUCAACGGAACCAGGUGUGAGACAGAGAUGUCAUCUGCCUUCAACCUGGACUUUGAAGUAUCUGGUAUCCACGGUUACGUGAUGAUGGAUGGAGUGAUGCCAGCACUCACAGAAAUCACCUGCACCUUCUGGAUGAGGUCUUUGGACACCACUAACUACGGCACACCCGUCUCCUAUGCUGUGGAGGGCAGCGACAACGCCUUCCUCCUCAUCGACUACAAUGGGUGGGUUCUGUACGUAAACGGUAAGGAGCGGAUCACCGACUGCCCCGCCGUGAACACGGGCCAGUGGUACCACAUUGGCGUGUCAUGGAGAAGCUGGGACGGCGACUGGAGGAUCUACAUUAACGGCAAACUGUCAGACGGAGGCAAAGGCCUGUCAGUCGGCACCACUAUCCCAGGUGGAGGAGCGCUAGUUUUAGGUCAGGACCAAGAUCAGAGGGGCGAGGGCUUCAACCCUGUUGAAUCUUUUGUCGGUUCCAUCAGCCAACUCAACAUAUGGGACCGGGUUCUCACACUGCAGCAGAUUAAGGUCCUGGCUAGCAGCUGUCCAGCCUCCCACGUGACCCACAGAGGAAACGUCCUCGCCUGGCCGGACUUUCUAAACGGGAUAGUGGGUCGAGUCAAAGUAAACCUGAACAGUAUUUUCUGUGCUGACUGCCCUAAGCUGGAGAACGCUGUGCCUCACCUGCAUGCCUCCUCAGUGGAGGUGACCCCAGGCGCACAGGUCCACCUGUCCUGUGAUCCCGGUUUCUACCUGGUGGGGGAGCCAGUGUUGCAGUGUCAAAACAGGGGGGAGUGGAGUCAUCCUUUGCCCAGCUGUGAACGAGUGUCCUGCGGACGUCCUCAUCCCCUGGAGAACGGCUUGUUUCAGGGAGCAGACUUCCAUGCAGGCAGCUCUGUGGUCUAUCAGUGCAACGCUGGCUUCUACCUGCUGGGAGAUGCCAGGGUGCAUUGCAGCAACAGCGGCAAAUGGGGAGGACAUCCACCUGCCUGUCUGGAUGUGGACGAGUGUGCUCUGGGGUCCGACUGCGACAAACACGCCAGCUGCCAGAACACUGACGGCUCCUACAUCUGCACCUGCAUUCACCCGUAUACAGGAGAUGGUAAAAACUGCACAGAACCAGUGAAGUGCCAGAACCCUGGGUCACCAGAAUUUGGUCACAGAGUUGGUAGCAACUUUCUGAUGGGCAGUCAGGUUGUGUUUAGCUGCGAUGAAGGUUAUAAGCUCUUUGGCUCAUCAAAACUUCGUUGCCUGGAGUCAGGAGUUUGGGACAACCCUGUCCCGCAUUGCAGAGCGCUCUCCUGCCCGACACCCGAUGUUCCAGAGAACUCCAUCAUGGAGGGAAGCAACUUCACCUACGGAAGCAAGGUGACUUUCAGAUGCAAGAACGGCUUCCUGCCUCAGAUCCCCUAUGGGUUCCACUGUCUUGCCAGCCUGAGAUGGAGUGGAAAACCACCUGUUUGUUAUCCUGUGACCUGUGGGAGACCGCCUGCUGUGGAACAUGCAGGCGCCGUCUAUACCACCAACACAUACCUGUCUGUUGUCACAUAUAACUGUUCAGACGGAUACAGACCACAGGGCUCAAUGGAAGUAGUUUGUGAAGAUACAGGGGAAUGGAGCCGGCCCUUCCCUCGAUGUGUGACUGUCGCCUGCAACGAACCUCCGGCCCUUAAAGAUGCCGUAACUGUCGGAGAGAACUUUGAAAUGGGAAACAAGGCGCACUACGUCUGCAAAGAAGGCUACACUCUGAUUGGUCCAGAGAGCAGAGAAUGUCUUUCAACUGGCCAAUGGAGUGAAAGUUAUGCUCAGUGUGUCCCUCGCUCCUGUGGCCCACCUCCUGCCAUCGACCACGCCGAGCCCUAUGAGAGCCACCAGUUAUUUGGAGAUACUGCCAACUAUUACUGCAUUGACGGCUACACUGCCAGCAACAACUCCAAGAUGGUGUGUAAUGCUCAGGGCGUGUGGGCUCCUCCUGAUGGUUCGGAGGUCCCUCGUUGCAUUGCAAAUUUCUGCCCCCGGCCACCCGAUCUGCCUCAUGCAAUUUUGGAUGCUGUCAAUAAACCUAAAUAUCCUACAAACACUGAAGUCACCUACAAAUGUGAGGAGGGGUUCAUGCCCAACACUACAGCCUCGCUCAAAUGCCUGAUGGGAGGAACGUGGGAGCCGUCACCGUUUGAUAUUAGUUGUGUUCCAGUGAGGUGCUCCAAGCCUGAGAGCAUUGAGCACGGCUACGUGGCAGAGACCAACUACAGUUUUGGGGCUGUGGUGGCGUACAGCUGUGACCCUGGCUUCAUGAUCCGAGGGGAGAAGCGGAGGACCUGCCAAGCUAAUGGAGAGUGGGGAGGAGCUCUGCCAACCUGUAUGCCGGUGACCUGCUCUAGUCCUCCGUUGCUCCGGAACGGAUACAUCAAGACCAGAAGUGGACUCACUUUCAAAAGCAAGGUGACUUACGCCUGCAGAGAAGGCUACAGGCUGGAAGGUCGACCAGAACGGAUUUGUCAAGCCAACCGAAAAUGGUCCAGUCAGGAAACCCCAACCUGCGUUCUCCUGACCUGCAACCCUCCUCCCAUCAUCCCCCAUGGACUUUACAAGGGCUCUGAUUUUCAAGUGGGUCACAAAGUACAGUACGUCUGCCAUGAAGGCUAUGAGCUAACAGGAGAUGCCAUCUGGACCUGCGACAAGAACGGAACAUGGGAUAAAAUGAGGCCCCCACGCUGCUCUCCUGUCAAGUGUCCAGAGCCUUCGCUUGAGGAGAACCACCUGGUUCUGAAGAGACUUGAUUAUGAAUCUGGAAUAGUGGAGUUAUCUUGUGAGGUUGGCUAUGUGCUGGAGGGGGCUCAGAUCAUCCGCUGUACCCAAUCUCAGGAGUGGAAUGAUACUUUUCCAGUUUGUAAGCAAGUGUUUUGUGGACCGCCACCCGAAAUAUCAUUUGGUGCCCCUUCUUCUUUGUCUGCCCAGUUCCCUUUCAGCUCUGUGGUGGCAUACACAUGCAUGGAUGGCUUCAGUUUAAAAAAAGAAGACUUUGUUUCCUGUCUGGAGAAUGGACAGUGGAGUACUCCUUACCCAGAAUGCUCCCCAGUUGAAUGUCCUCAGCCUGUGGAGAUUUCCAAUGGAAUUGUUGAUGUCCAGGGUCUGAUGUACCUCAGCAAAGCACUGUAUACCUGCAAGAGUGGGUAUAAUUUAGUGGGAAAUGCCACAGUCCUCUGUGGAGAAAGAGGUAUCUGGAUUGGAGGGGUGCCAUCUUGCCGUCCAAUUGAAUGCCCCAUUCCGAGCCAGAUAGCCAAUGGGAAAGUGACUUAUAGAAAACUUCAGUUUGGUCAUAGUGCCACCUACUCUUGUCACCGUGGCUUUCGCCUCCAAGGCCCUGAAACUGUGAAGUGCCUGGCCAACGGAUAUUGGGACUUAGAACCACCUGCUUGUGUUCAAAUCUCUUGCACCCCACCUAAAGCAAUUGAAAACGGUUUUGUUGAAGGCCAGGAUCACAGUUUUGGUGUAACUAUUUUCUACAGCUGCUUUCCUGGCUUCCAGCUUGUAGGUCAGGACCAUUUAACCUGUGAGGAGGUUGGUUGGUCCAGUUCGGUUCCAGUCUGUGUGCCGUCAGAUUGUGGUCUGCCUCCUCACAUUGAUUUUGGGGACUAUGUCAGAGUAACAGACUCCAUUGACCCCGUAACAGCUGCUCCGCUAGAUUUGAACUUCCUUCAUGGGACACUGAUUGAAUACCGUUGUCAUAAGGGCUAUGAUAUCACCUUUCACACCAGACUGGUGUGUCAGGAGAAUGGGGGUUGGAACGGGACGGCGCCAUCAUGUAUCCCAGCUGAGUGUGAAACCCCACCCAAUCCAGAGCAUGGCUGGGUGAAUGUGACGGAUGCCUCUCUUGGCAGCAUCGUCACAUACUCUUGUGAGAAAGGAUAUGAGCUGGAGGGGGAGUCUGUGAGGCAGUGCAUAUCAGGCCAUCUUUGGACAAGCGAUGCCCCAACAUGUCGCCCCGUUUCCUGUGGUAAUCCAGGGCCUAUCGAUAAUGGCUCAGCUCAUGGGGUUGAUUUUGUGUAUCUUGAGGUCAUGCACUUUGAGUGUAACCCAGGGUUUGUCCUCAGAGGCAGUGACACUAUAGCAUGUCAGGCCGAUGGAAAGUGGAACGGACAGAAACCACAUUGUGAGCCUGUCUUCUGUGGUCCUCCAAUUGUCCCCAGUGAUGUUACAAUUGGAGGCAAAGAAUACACAUACAGCAGUAGGAUUGAACUGAGCUGUCCACCUGGUUUUGUUUUAAAAGGUUUGUCUGUUAGCGUUUGCCAAGCUGAUGGUACCUGGAGCCACGAGUCUCCUACCUGUGUACCAGCUCGCUGUGGAAAACCUUCCCCAAUCCCUCAUGGGCAUGUGAUGGGGUCAGAGUUUGGCUACAACAGCAAGGUGAAGUAUGAAUGUGAUCAAGGAUAUAAGCUCAGUGGCGAUCCGACACUUGUUUGUAAAUCAGAUGGACUUUGGGACAAACCAGUGCCACGAUGUGACAUAAUUAGCUGCGACCCCCCUGAGGAUAUUAGUCAUGGCUUCCUGAACGGCUCCAGCUUCAACUAUAAUGAUGUAGUGGAGUACGUCUGCUUCGAUGGGUAUGAGAUAGUUGGGGACCCCGUUUUGCGGUGUUCCUCUGAGGGCUUUUGGCUGGGUUCAGUGCCCGAGUGCCAGCCCUGUGUCUGUGCUCUACCUGAAGUCAAAUUUGGUAAAGUUCUCAGCAGUGGCCAUGCUUGUGGGGAUCGUCUACAGUUCCAGUGUGACAAGGGAUACAAACUGCUGGGACCCUCUCAAGCAACAUGUGAGAAAGGAGGAGUUUGGAGCCCUGGGGUGCCUAUGUGCAGUCGUGGGAGGUGCAGCUCCCCACCACCUGUGGUUCCUAAUGCUGUUUUGCAAGGCGACACUGUCACCUUGUUAGACACUGCCAUAUAUAAGUGCCGGCCUGGCUACCUGCGAAAAGGACCCCUAUUUGUCUCGUGUGGAAGGGAUGGCCGCUGGGGGGAGCCCAGAAUCCACUGUGAGCCUGUAAACUGUGGAAACCCUCCAGCAGUCGUUCAUGCUCAAGUGAUGGGAGACACUUUCACCUUUCCAAACAAGAUCACUUACAGGUGUGAUGAUGGUUACGAACUAGCCACACAGGCAGCUUCUCUCUCCUGCCAGAGUGACGGCACCUGGUCCAAGCGCAACAUCAUCUGCCUCCCUGCCCCAUGUUUGCUGCCCGGCAACGUCUCUGUUCCCCAUCUGGUAGUCAGUGGGAGGAAGCUCACUCCAGUUGGGGAGACAAUCACUCUCUCUUGCCCUCCUGGAUUUUACUUGCAGGGCUCAGCUCUGGCAGAGUGUCAGGUGGGCGGAGGCUGGGCUCCGAGCAUCUCAACAGUUUCCUGUGAGGUGGUGGUGUGUGAGAAACCUACUCCUCUUCUUCACGGUGUCAUCGAGGGCGACAGCUACAACUACGGAGACCUGGUUCUGUACUCCUGCUUACCUGGGUUUGACAUGAAGGGAGACGCUUUCCAGACCUGUCAAGCAGACAGAACAUGGAGCGGCACUCAGCCUGUGUGUGUUGCCUCAGCAGAACACGCCUGCGGACCUCCUCCAAUUGUCAGGCAUGCACAAUUCAAGAUAACAGAAGAGAGUCACCUGCGUAAUGUUAGCUACCUGUGUGACGCUGGGAUGCAGCUCAUGGGGCCAAAAACACUCACCUGUCAGGCUGAUGGCACCUGGAGCCUACCAGCACCGACAUGUGAAGUGGCCAGAAGCUGUGACGGCCCCGUACAGCUGCUGAAUGGGCGAGUGCAGGAUCACAACCUGAACAGCGGGCGAGCUCUGGAGUUCCAGUGCGAUAAAGGUUUCUCUCUGGUGGGAGACCAUUUGGUGGUGUGUUUAGGAGGCAACACGUGGAGUUCUGCUUUUCCUACAUGCCAGCCAAAGUCGUGUCCGCCUCCUCCGGGUUGGAGGGGAAAUGCCAGCAGGAGCGUGGGAUCACCUCAGGAGUUUUACGUGGGGCAGUCUCUUCCCGUUUCCUGCCCCAAAGGUCAGAAAGUGAGAGGCAGCGGCUCCAUCACCUGCAGGCCAGACCAGACCUGGACUUCUGUGGGUUCAGUGUGUGAAAGGGUGCCCUGUGGCCCCCCUCUCCAUGUGGCCAAUGGGGUUGUGCGAGGGGCUGUGUUCCAGUUCGGGGAUGUGGCGGUGUAUUCGUGCUAUGCCGGCUACACCAUGGAGGGUGUUGGAAGGAGCAGGUGUCAGGAAAACGGCACCUGGACGCCGCCCCCCACCUGCAGAGCUGUUUGCUGGAUGCCGUGUCAGAAUGGAGGAGUCUGCCAGCGACCCAACGCUUGCACCUGCCAAGAGGGCUGGAUGGGUCGGCUCUGUGAGGAGCCUAUCUGCAUCCUGCCUUGCCUGAACGGAGGCCGCUGUGUGGCCCCGUACAAGUGCGAGUGUCCUGCGGGAUGGACGGGCACGCGCUGUCAAACAGCUGUGUGUUCAUCCCCGUGUCUGAAUGGAGGCAGAUGUGUCCGGCCCAACAGGUGCAGCUGCAGUCCAGGCUGGAGUGGACAUGACUGCUCCAGGAAGAGGAAAUCCGUGUACUAUCAUUUCUAAGGUUCCAGUCACCUCCAUGUGAAUCAUCUGAUGAAGGGAUCUCCUGUACAGUAUCCAGACUCUUCCAACCAUGUCAUUUCUCAUCAAAGCCAGACCCAGUUUGUAAAUUUAAAGCUGUAUUUUUUCAUAUAAAGACUCAACAGUAUUAAACAUGUGCUGCUAUAUAUACUUGUAUGAUGUGUAAAAAACUAUUGAUGUGACCGUUCCAGUGUUUGUGUGUAAACUAUUCUCACAUUUCUAUUAAAGCAUUAAAUGCUAUUAGAGGCGCUUUGGUUAAAAA